UCAAACUGAUGUGUAGUGAUUACAUAUAUACUCAAAGGUUCUACUCCUAAAUUUAGGUUGCAAAGGAUUUAGGAAGCUUCCAGCUUGCUAGUUUUAUGUUAACUAUGCAGAGAUUAAAAUGAAAAGAGUAUGUUUUCAAUAAUAUUUUCAGGGUUUACUGUUCAUCCAGGUGUUCCAGUGUUAAAUUACCUCUUAAACAUAUGACUAAUAUGACCGUUGAACUACUGGGAAAGCUAAGAGUUGGGGGAAUACCAUGGCAGUACUAGAAAUGAAUCUAGAAGCGUAGAAGUCCUUUCACAUGAUCUACAAAUUGAGAACAUGAUUUUUCCCAAGAGCUAAGAAUAUAAAAUUAUUAAUUACAUUUUGCAUAUUUGUGGUUUGGAAUAGUAGUAAUGACUUGCAUGGCUGGCAUUUCUUGACAGUUAAUGGCUCUCUGAAUUUAAGAUAGAAAUAAAUAUCCUCAAGAGGGCAAUUAGUUGCAUUUAAUGACCCAAAGCAGAGGUGGCUGUUCCCCACCAUACUUUCCUUUGAAAAUUGCUGCAGUAAUGUUUAUACAGUGGAAGAAAGGAAAUUUUCCUAAAUUAAACUAAUGCUUCUUGUGAGUAGUUUUGUGGGUCAUCUACUCAUGCAGCGUAGUUGAUUAGUUUCAAUUUAGGAUAUGUAAAUAGGUAUUAAAACUGAAAACUGUUGGUUGCUUUCAGGAGGAACAGUUAGGUGAGUAAGAGAACAUUGUCCCUGCUGAUUUGUGCUCUGACUCAUUCUUUGCAUUGGCUUUAGCAGAAAGGAUUCCACUGCAAUAUGUUGCUGCCUCUACUUAAUGGCACAGGAAAAAAUGUUGAACUCAUAUUGAAGCAGGAAUAUGUCCCAGGCUGCCUUGUUCAAUAACAGGGUGUCAGAAAGUGCAUACUUGAGUAUUUUCUGUCAAAAUAUUUUUUUUUCAAAAACAAAAUGAGUCCAUGACCCUCAUACAUGCUCUUGACUUUAUUUAUCUUCCCAAAAGGGUAUUUUGCUUUUUCAUGGUUAUACUGCAUAAACUGUUUUAGCAGAGUUUUACUCCAAAAUAAUGGCAGCUUUAAAACAUACAGCAGGUUCCCAUUUGUGACCAUUUAAAAUAUUCCCAAGAAAUAGAUUCACCAUAUCAGGCACUGUGAGCUUCAAGUUUCUGAAGAAUGAUGGCUUCUGCAUGCUGGACCAAACCUUGGUACUGGACAGUACUGAAAAAAUGCUUGCUUUUAGCAGACAAAUUUAAUAAACAAUUGGACAUUUUGACAGCAGUUCAUAGCAUGUUCUGAUCUGCAUCAAACACAAUUGUUAUUAUGGUACUGUUUUCACAAGUAAAAAGUUCCCUGUUUUGGCUAUGUUGGUUACCGGUUUUGACUGACGUUGUCUUUGCAUAUGAGAUAGAAUCUUUUCCUUCUGGUUGAGCAUGCUAUCCAGAUUUUGAACGGAAAUUAUUUACCUUUUAGCUUCAAAAGCUGUUAAAAACAGACACCAUAGUUCUAGCAGUAAUGAGAUUUGAUGAAUGAAAUUUGUGUGGUAUUUAGCUUUAAGUGUGUACUUCAUUGAAAUAAUUGUGUCUAUUAUGUUCUAUAAAAAGAAAGUUGCAUACGAGUGAGAACCUUGCUUGGGAGAAAAUGUGCAUACCCAGUAAUUUUCAGGACAGAAAUGGAAAAAAGUGAUUGUGUGAAGCUUUUUUGCAUGUGAAAAGAAUUGGUGAGAGUACAUGUUCCAAAAGUGAAAAUGCUGUGACAAAAGGUACCUGCCUUUUGCUUGAGCACUUUCACCAUCAAAAAGCUUACCUAUUUAAACUACCAGAGCAUGGUCUUCUUUUUACGAGUCACUUUGAAUGGAGAUCAGACGAAGCAGAAUUGAACAAAGCACUGAAGAUAAGAGGUGCCAUGGAUGUGUAUUGUAGCAGUCCUGGCAGAACACUACAGCUUCUUUCCCUCUUCAGUGUUCGUGGCUUGUGGAGUCAUAAGCCUCUGUGGAACUUCAGAUGGAAAUACUGACAUGAAUUUAAGAGCUUUGAUGCUUUCAGAUGUUGAACUCUGAUUUGGUAGAUGACUGGGAAUAAGAUACUGCCUGAACAAGCUGAAAUGCCUUGAAGACCGUUGGUUCUGCUUUCAUUCUUCCUGAAGCAAUGGUUUUCUCAACAAUGUUGACACUGGCCAGUCCUGGGACCUCAAAUGCAACUUUUAUUGUUUAUGAAAACGCCUACACGAAUUUUACCACUCCACAUUUCUUGCUUCGUAGUGGCACAACACAGCCAUUGAGAUAUAGUUCAGGUGCUGUGCUUACCACUGAGAGAAGUACUUUUCUGGUAAAUGCUACAGCUAUCCUGCCAUCACAAGAAGUUUUCAGGAGCUUGAGUUUGCCACUCCAGAUCAUUCUUUCUGCUGCUAUGAUAUUUAUCCUAUUGGUUUCUUUCCUUGGAAACUUUGUUGUCUGCCUCAUGGUCUACCAGAAGGCAGCUAUGCGAUCUGCAAUUAACAUUCUCUUAGCAAGCCUGGCUUUCGCAGACAUGCUGCUGGCAGUGCUGAACAUGCCUUUUGCUCUGAUAACAAUCAUUACCACUGAGUGGAUUUUUGGGGAUAUAUUCUGCAGAGUCUCUGCCAUGUUUUUCUGGCUUUUUGUUAUAGAGGGGGUAGCCAUUCUUCUUAUUAUUAGCAUUGACCGAUUUCUUAUCAUAGUGCAGAGGCAAGAUAAACUGAACCCGUACCGCGCAAAGAUUCUGAUUGUGAUUUCCUGGGCAGCAUCCUUUGUUGUUGCUUUUCCGUUGUCAGUAGGAAAUCCUAAUCUGCAGAUACCCUCGAGAGCACCUCAGUGUGUUUUUGGCUACUCUACCAACCCAGGUUACCGAGCGUAUGUGAUAGUUAUCUUGCUAAUUUCCUUUUUUAUUCCAUUCCUGGUAAUGCUGUAUUCUUUUAUGGGCAUUCUCAACACCGUCCGCCACAAUGCAGUUCGUAUCCAUAGCCACCCUGAUAGCAUAUGCCUCAGCCAGGCCAGCAAACUUGGUCUCAUGAGCUUACAGAGACCUUUUCAGAUGAAUAUUGAUAUGAGCUUUAAAACUCGUGCCUUCACGACCAUCUUGAUUUUGUUCCUUGUCUUCAUAGUCUGUUGGGCACCCUUCACCACUUACAGCCUUAUUGCCACAUUCAACAGCCACUUCUACUACAAGCACAACUUUUUUGAGAUAAGCACUUGGCUUCUUUGGCUCUGCUACCUCAAGUCUGCACUGAACCCACUGAUUUACUACUGGAGGAUUAAGAAGUUUCAUGAUGCAUGCUUAGACUUGAUGCCCAAAUACUUCAAGUUUUUGCCACAGCUACCUGGCCAUACAAGGCGGCGCAUUCGACCCAGUGCCAUCUAUGUGUGUGGAGAGCAUCGGUCUGUAGUGUAAAGCUGCAGUUGUAUGACAGUGAUUGAUUGAUAUUUUCUGGGAUUAUUUGUUUUUAGGCUAUAGGUUGAUUUUUGUUUUUGUUUCAUAUGGCUUCUUCAGAGUGGCCAUAUCUUAUAACUUGAUUAAAUUUUCUGUGCAAUUUUGGGAGGAAAGACAGAGGGAGGGGAGGUGAUCGGUUGUAGUUGGGUUUACUACCAGAAUACAAUCUACACAAAAUAACAAAUAUUACCUCUAGGAUUCCAUGGAAAUCCAUUCUUUUAAACAAAAAUUGCAUUUGUAACAUUUGGUCAGGUUUAUGCUUACUAGACCUGCAAUUGCAUCUAAUUGUAGGGAUUUUUUUAUGCUGCUAAGAUACAGUAUAUUCAGUUGGUGUAAUUUUUCUGAAAAAUGUUGCUGCUGUCUAUCAAUAUAUUAGAGCCAAAAAGUCUCAUUAGAUAACUUCUAUUUAAUUUUAACAAUAUUUCAGAAGUUUUGGUGGUGACACUAUAAAACUUUUCUUUUUUAAUAUUUCCAUUAAUAUUUUUGUGCACUUUAAAGAAAUUGCUAUAGAAUUUGUUCAUUGGAAUAUUUUGUUCUGUAUUGAAGGGGUAUUAUUGUUAUUAUUUGUUAUAUUGAAUUUCAAUGAAAGUCCCAUGUAAGCUCUAGGAGGGCAAUUUAUGUUGGUAUAGCUACAAUUAGAGUCAUGGAUUUGAUGUUUUUCAACCAACUGAUCAGAAGUAGCAUUAACUGCUUAGUUCUGAGGGGAGUUGGAAGAAGAAAAGAAAGGGAAAGAAGGCAAUGGAAAUAUCAUAUCCUGAGGUUUAUGCUAACAAAAGAUUUAGAAAAAGGGAGUUCACUUGAAAAUUGUUGGAGGGGGAAAGGGUAGCUGUGGUGUGGUUACUUAAGAUUGUUAGAUGCUAUCCAAGCCUAAUGACAUGCCUGAAAAGAUAUCAGAAAUUGUGACUGUGCUUUCAGUUAGCAGUAUGUUGGUAUAAUGCUGUAUCUGCAUGAAGAUCAUUUAAGGCUAGGUAUGCUCUAUGUGGCUGAAAUCAUGCUAUCAGGUGUUAAUUGGGAUAGAAUUAGGGCUAGUAGGGCAAAUCUAUGUAGCCUACAUAGGAACAACUGUGGGGGACAGAAACCCUAAUUGCUUGUUUUCCACUUUAAGUAUUAGAUUGAAAUCAUAAUCGCAUAAUAAUGAAUAACAGUUGCCCAGCAAGGUUUGCUAGGGAUGGAGUCUUUUUCCCUCCGCGUCUUCUUUAUAUUGAUUUUUCUUUGCCCUUUUCCUUCUGUAGUGGCUACUGCUUCAAGGUUUUACUCUACUGUUCUCUUGCAUUAGGCAUUGGGUUCUCCCCCUGAAAUGCCAAACCACCCAUUUGAAUCGUACCAGGCUGUCUUGAUACCUGCCUGGAAAGUAGAAAUACAGAGGUCUUCCUUGACCAUAGCAAUCCAGGCUCAGAUUUAUUUAUUUUUUUUUCCAAUCAGUUAAAUAAAUAUUUAAUGAGAGGCAAGUAAAAAUAAGAAUUAGUUCUGGGCUUUGAAGUGAGAUCCCCAGUUCCUCUGAGGCUAGGGAAGAACGCUCGCAGAACUUGCAUGUUCUUGCAGCAGGUUUUUGGGGCUGUCUGUGAUGGGGUACAGGAGGAAUAAGGCACAACGAACUUGUCAGCCAGGGCUAGGGGUUGGGCUUCUCUUGAUUCCAGCUGUCUUUCAGUACUCCAAAGCAUGGGGCCUCUUCAUUAUUCUUGUUCCUGAAGAGCAAAUAAGAGCAAUUUUAUUUAUUGUUGCAUGAAUUCUGAACUGAGUGUAUGAAGGAAAUGCUCUGUACUGCGUGGAUGUCUGGGGACUGCUUGCUUCUGGAGGCCAGCUAAGUAUUUCUAGCACAGAUUUUAUUCAAGUCUUCAGUGAAGAACUACUUUAACUGUAAUCUCUGUUCCUCUCAUUGACAAUUAUUGGUAAAAGUGUUGGCAGUUUUUACAUUUUAUGAGAAUAAAAGGAAUGAUUCUGAAUUUUAGUAAUUUCAUUUUUUAACCACAACAACAAAAGCUUGUUAAUGCACUGCUAGUGGAGGUUCUGGAUUGUGAAGGCACUCCGGCGGCAGCGAUGUUAUUGAUGUCCAUGCUUUCUAUUCCUUGUCAACUUCACGGAUGAUAUGGAUUUUUCUGAUCAAAAUGUUAGGCGGUAAAGGAGUUCUGCUGUAAAACAGAGUGUUUUAGUGUGUCUUUUCAGUAUAGCUUUUAUUUCUCAAUUACAUUUACAUUGAUGGUGAAAGUUUAUGACCUGGAUUGUAUGGAUUUCAUGUUUCAGAGCUGUCAUCCUUGUUUAUCUCUGAAAGCAGCAAAAUUGUGCUUAGAGUUAAUGUAAUAUGGUGAGAGUGCACACUGUCUAAGACGGCAGAACAGGCUGUCUUCCAGAGCUAUGAUGUAAGGGGCUUGAACAAAUGUAAAAUAUAGUAAUUCAAAAAGGAAUGAGAACUGAGUAAUACAGGAAAGUGAGAUCUUUGGUGGGAUUUCAUAAUCUCUGUUAAGUACUUGCUGUGAAGUAUAAAUUGCAAACAUCAAAGAAAGUUAAUCUGUCUGAAUAACUUGGUGUUUGCUUAUUAGUACUCUACCAAGGUUUCUGCUCAGAGCUGGGCCUGCUGAUACCUGGAGAAAAGAAACGCUGAUUGUGUAGCCCAAAUUCAAAAGCGACUGCGGUGGUGAUACAGUAUUCACACUUACCGGGUUUUAGAGAUGAUGAGAGCAUGCAGUGAACAAAGGGUGUUCAAACAAACAAAAUAAUGUCAGAGAAUAAUCCCCAGAAUAACUGUUUACACAAUUAUUUGGCCUAUUUUGUCUAACACACUAUCUUUAGAGCAGUACCUAGAGCAGAUGGUUACAGCUGAAGUUCUAGGACCAAGUUAAAGACCACUAAAACUGCUCAGUCUUACUGUCUGUGAUCCUGCUAAGAUAAGCCUGACCUUGCAAACAUCUGUAAUGUUAAAACAUCUGCAUGUUUGCAGAAUUAGGGCUACUGAGGCAUUUUGGUGGGUUUGAUCAAGUCAGGAUUUGAAAAAAUAAAGUUGGUCAUUCUCGAUUCAACUGGCAAAUUACAACAGUCUUCUCCAGAAAUUAUACUGGUUACUAAACUGCAUUCCCUUAUGUUACAUUUUCAGAAAUCUUUGAUAUGGAGGAUGGAAAUGAAUGUAUUUUCAAUUAUGUUUCAGUUUAAUUCAUUCUGUGAAGGCAUGCUGCUUACACAAUGCUCAUUUGUAGAAAUCUAUUGCUAAAAUUAUUCUUUUGUACUCAAAGUUGUGUAUUUUUGACAUUUGUUACUCAUGUAAGAAAAUUUGUGUAUAUAGAUAAGAAAAUUGUUUUGCCUCUUACUGUUUUCUGUUACUUUCUUAAUUUGUAUGCCAGAUGCUUUUAUAUUUGCUUUUGAAUUUGGGUACAUGCAUAAACAGUUGCAAGACUUCAGUGGUCUUUCUGUAACCAUUUGAAACUUUCAAUUCUCAAAUCAUUCAACAGUGCCCUCCUAGAGAGAGAUCUUGAUUUAUUUUUAAGUGAAAAAUAAAAAUUCAGAGCACAAGUUUAUUGUCGUUGCAAUGGUGACAAAUUUCUUAAGUCCAGUUUUCUAGGAGACACUACUUUGCCAUUAUGAACUGGUUUGAUUUUUUUUUUUUUUGAGGAAUAGUAAUUUUCUGAAGAAAACCUCAACUACUCUCUUAAAACAACCUGUUAAGUAGAAUGGUAUUGUCUUUUCUAUGCCUAUGAACAUACCUGAGAAACAAAGAA